AUGGCCACCCAACUGGAAAGCACCUUCGCAGACAAGGACCUGGGGGUGCUGGUGGAUGCCAGGUUGACCAUGAGCCAGCAACGUGUCCUUGCUGCGAAGGAGGCUGAGGGCAUCCUGAGCUUCAAAGCAUUGCCAGCAGGCAACACGGCCGCUUGCUCAGGGCCGCGGGGGAAGCUCAGCCCCGGGCGGCCGGGACUCAUCCUGCUGCCUCCUCCAAGCCACGAGGAAGAGGAGGAGAAGGGGUGGGCCGAUAACUUCAGCGCAGCCGGCUGUGGCGGGACGGAGGAGCACGGCUUCCAGCACCCGUUCCUGCAGGCCGUGGGCAUGUUCCUGGGUGAAUUUUCCUGCCUGGGGGUGUUUUACCUGCUGGUGUGGAGGGAUCAGCGGAGGCCGGAGCCCAGCAUGGCCCCGUCGCAGCCCUUCAGCCCGCUGCUCUUCCUUCCCCCCGCCCUCUGCGACAUGACUGGGACCAGCAUCAUGUACGUGGCCCUGAACAUGACCAGCGCCUCCAGUUUCCAGAUGCUGCGUGGAUCCGUCAUCAUCUUCACUGGGCUCCUCUCCGUGGCUUUCCUGGGCCGCAAACUGGAGCUGAGCCAGUGGCUGGGCAUCCUGGUCACCAUCGUGGGGCUGGUGGUGGUGGGGCUGGCUGACCUGCACAGCUCCCACGACCAGAAACACAAGCUCAGCGAGGUGAUAACAGGUUUUUUCGGCUUCGUCAUCCUGGCCCUGCUGCUGGUGCCCAUGUACUACAUCCCGGCGGGCAGCUUCAGCGGGAACCCUCGACGGACGCUGGAAGACGCCCUCGACGCCUUUUGCCAGAUCGGCCACCAGCCCCUCAUCGCCUUGGCCCUGCUGGGGAACAUCAGCAGCAUCGCCUUCUUCAACUUCGCCGGCAUCAGCGUCACCAAGGAGAUCAGUGCCACCACCCGCAUGGUGCUGGACAGCCUCCGCACCCUCGUCAUCUGGGCCGUCAGCCUGGCCGUGGGCUGGGAGACCUUCCACGGCUUGGAGAUCUUAGGUUUUGGGGUGCUGCUGCUGGGUGCCGCUCUUUACAACGGCCUGCACCGGCCCCUGCUCGCCCGCUUGCCCUGGCGCAUGGAGGAGGCCGGCGGGGCGGGGCAGCGGGGGGCAGGCGGAGGCGAGCGCAGGCGGGGGGUUCGACUCUACCUUUAUUUUCUGGGUUUUUUUGGGGGUCCGCGGUGGGACCCCGGCAGCGGGGCGGCGGCGGGGGGGGGACACAACGGGAGAGCAGCGGCGGUUGCCCCCUUGGCACGGGGCUUGGUGCGGCAUCGGGGCUGCGGCGGCGGCGGCACGGAGCAUCGCCCAGCUACUCUCUGCCGGAGGAAGGAUGGGAAGGGGUGA